GACUGCUUCACGCUUUUGUGCCCUUCCGAAGCCAAGGUGAGGAUCCCCUCACCGCCUUGCUUUCUCCACUUCUCGGGCGGCUUGUAACACGAAAAGAUACAUCGGCCUCUCCUCUCUCUCUCUCUCUAAUCGGCCACUCUUUAGUACUAUCACAUCUCAUACUCCUAGCUACAUAUUAAUCAGACUCUCUCUCUCUAAUCGGCCACUGUUUAGCACUAUCACAUCUCACAGUCUUAGCUCCCAAGAAAGAGAGAGAGAGAGAGAGAGAGAGAGGUUGACUACAGCGACACCAUUAGUGAGUCGUGGCUACCAUAUAAGUCAGAGAGAGAGAGAGAGAGACCUUAUACCUUAUCCUGUAGUUUAACUUUCCAUUGGGCGUGGGAAUGGAAGAGAAGAGCAGCUGCGGUAAAAUAGGGUAUCAAAUCCAGGUGGCGCCCUUCGUGGCGAAGACGUACCAGAUGGUGAACGACCCCAGGACCGACGCCUGGAUCCGGUGGGGAAACGGGAACAACAGCUUCCUCGUUCUCGACCCCGCCGACUUCUCCCACCUCCUCCUCCCCUCUUACUUCAAGCACAGCAACUUCUCCAGCUUCGUCCGCCAGCUCAACACCUACGGUUUCAAGAAGGUGGAUCCGGAUAGAUGGGAGUUUGCUCAUGAAUCGUUUCUCCGAGGGCAGACGCACCUAUUGCCCUGCAUCGUUCGGCGAAAGAAGAGGAACGAGGGCGGCAGCAGCAGCAGCAGCAGCGAUAAGAAGGAAGGCAUCGAAGGUGAGGAGGAAGAGGAGAGCUUAUUUAAAGAGCUCGGGAGGUUAAGACAGGAGCAAAGGGCGCUAGACGAGGAGCUGCAACGGAUGAACAAGAGACUUCAAGCCACCGAAAGGCGGCCACAGCAGAUGAUGUCCUUCCUUGUUAAAGUGGCCGAGGACCCCGACUUCCUUCCUCGGCUUAUACUUUCGAAGAAGCAGCAGCUGGCACCGGAGAAGAAGCGGCGACUUGUCGCACCCUCGACACCUCCUUCUUUCUCUCCUCCUCCUCCUCCUCCUCCUUCCCUCCUCAUGGCAAGCGCUGUCUCACCACCUUUAGAUAUCGACUCGGCAGCAGAACAAACGAACUUUUCCACUUUGGGGCAUCAAGCUGGGCCUUUAACACUAGAAGCAGAGAGAUUGCUACUAAUGGCUUCCAGUACUUUGGUUGAUACUGGCUGUGAUGGUGGAGUUGGUGUUGACAAUUCAAUUUCAUAUACGAACGUCCGUGAUUCCGAUACCGUUAUUUCGGGGAACCACAUGCGAUUUCUACCGGAGUUUGGUGUGGCCGAGACGAGCUCGACAACCCAAAAAGCAGUACCGUUCCCGUUCUCUUUACUCGGCCACGGAUUCGUCUAGCCUCGAUCACUGUGCUCAGGCAAUGAGAAUUUAGAUUCACGUCAUCAUACACAGAGCAGUGGAGUUUUGGGAAGAAGGAUGCUCUUUCUUUCUUUUCUUUUCUUUUUUUUUUUCCCUCUCCCCUUUUCCUAGCGAUAGUGGCUACUUUUCGUCACAGCCGUUCGAUAUUUCGGGCUGGUUUUUAUAAAUACCGAAGGUGAGCGUAAGCGAAAUGGAAAGGCCACCGCCUGAGGAAAGAAAACCAAGAGAUAAGGGAGCACGGGAUUCCGAAACUUCUCUUUCAGUUGAAGUGAAAGGUUGAGGCGGUUGUGGGCGACGGCAUUAGCUGUCACCACGUGGCGAGCUUUUACUGGUUGAACUGUUCCUGGAUCGCGCUGGGUCGAUGCAAAGGGUUGUGCUCCAUGCGACCAUGCCUUCAUGGCCGUAUCCGUGUGGUGGAGUCGGCGGAUCUCCUUUGUAAUAGAUAUUGCGGCUAUCUUUCUUGUCUCUUUUUCUUAGGAACCAAGCUGGUCCGGGGGGACGAAAGAAAAAAUAAUCACAAUAAUAAAACAAUGUGCUUGUCGAC